UCGUCGGAGCCAGCGAAGAUCGACAUUAGUAGACAAUAUCCGACAGGUCCAAUUCAAUCGACAAGAGAUAAAAGCGGUCGACCAUUCUAUGACACCUGGCUCUCAGCCAGGAUCAGUGCACACCCCUCGACGUCGAGAAGGCGAAGAUAUUAAGCAGGUAUCCGGUCCCACGAAAAUCCUCGUAGGCUCACAGUCGCCCAUGGCAUUGGCUAACACGCAUCCAACAAAAGCAAGAUCCACAUCUGCACCAAGUACAUCUUCUCUCUAUGAAGAAAUCGCAGACCUAAAAAGCGUCUCCAAUGACAGUAGUGGGUUGGAUCUGGUAGAUGCCGAUGUACCAUGUCCUACAACAUCCGACAUGAUCGUCGCUCAGGAACAGCCUGAGUCAGAAGCGAGCUCGCAGAUGGGUAGCCCCACUCUCCCCACCGAUCAAGAGAAGGGGAUUCAGCCAGAAGUCGAUAUUGAAGACGCCUCGAGAGGUCUGGAACCCGAGGGCGAAAAUGCGAAGAUCGAGAUUGAGCAGCCAAUAGUUGUCGCAAGCAGGGCUGGAAGUGAAGCCAUAGUCGACAUACAGGAGCAAAUCAGGGAUGCCACUCCAGCAAGCACGACGUCUGAACAGGAGCCUGGUCACCACGAAUACGUAGAUUCCGGCAUCAAUCUUUAUGAUCCGCAGCAUCAAGCCGUUUCCGAAUCGCCAGACCAGUUCCACGGCGUCGCUAGCAUAUGUCAAGCAACUGUGGCAACGCAGGGAUUUUUGGAUGCAUUGCAGGGCGAUGAAGGUGGCAGCACGGUAUCCUACCAACCAAAAAAUCGACCUCCAGGCUCCAGACGUUCGUCAUCUCGACUCCCUUUUUUAGACGGGACGGCUGAGCAAGUUCAGCCAAGAGGUGCCCACAGCUCACUUGGAACAUCUUCUGACCCUGAAGACUUUGCAUCGAUACCCCUGCUUGGAAUUCGUCCUUUGCCUCCAGGUGCUAGCGAGAAGAUUCCGCGGUGCUCUGGGUGCCACCAUUCGCUCGACAGAGUCAAGGACGUCCUGGGGGGCGGCAAAGAAUUCGCACAGUGGAGAAAGAAGUGCGUCUAUUGUCGUCAAGUUGAUGGACCCCGUCCCCGACCGUGUAGGUGCCAUUCAUGUCAAGAAUCACCACCGCUGGAAGACGAGAACAACGCAACCGUGGGAGAUGCGCCACCACCGCUAGAAGACAAGAACAAUGCAACCGUGGGAGAUGCGCCACCACCGCUAGAAGCCAAGAACAAUGCAACAGUGAGAGAUGCGCCACCACAGCUGGAAGACGAGGACAACGCAAUAGUGGGAGAUGCGCCAAUUGAGAUAAUUCACGCACCAGAUGUUGAACAGCUUUCCACCCCAACCCUUGAACGUAGGUGUGCGCCGCGUUCUAGUCCGUCUCCCGUGGUCAAUCGUGUGGUCGAAUCUCAGCAGCUAUCUGCCGAAAAUCCAGUGAUCAAUGCUGCGGCAGAACCGUCCAUGCAAAAUGGACAAGCUGAAGAGUUGGGGACUGGUGUUGGAGAUGCUAUUGUAGUGUCAGAUGACGCCUUAGACGGAGACUAUGACUUGGACGCAUGGUCAGAACAGCACUACGACGAUGCUUAUGACGCUGCACCACUGGAUGUUGCUUAUGACGCUGCACCACUAGACGCUGCUUAUGACGCUGCACCGCUAGACGCUGCUUAUGACGCUGCACCACGAGACGCUGCUUAUGACGCCGCACUACUGGACGCGCCUUUCGAGAUCCCAGUACCGUACACACCUCUUAAUCUACCAGAGUCCGUGGAGUUCAUAAGUCCCGAGAGCCAUAGGGGUGGUAUCGAGUCAUCAUCAGCCAUGGGCAUUGCAACGCUUGGAACGACAGAGAACACUUUCAAUCCAACGCCAUUCGGCCAGGUUCCACGCACCGGUAUGCAAGGAAGUCAACCCCAGCCGGAGCCCUGGCGUUACAGCCUUCCGAGCACAGGCCUAAUGGAGUCUUUGACACCGUAUGCACCAAGGAUCAAAUCCCAGUUUCAGAGUAUAUUAAAAAGCAGACUGCGUGAUGAUCAACGCAUGAGUACGCCCUCAGGUUCGUCCAAAGGUGCCCCCUAUGCUUUGACUACAUCUGUAUCGCCCCAGCGGAUUGUUUUGCUGAAAGAGAUGGUGAAAAGCUACGAGCGCAUUUUUGAGGGGGGUCUCACUGUGGAAGAUGUUCUCAAUGAUAUCAUCCCACGAGUUGACGGCCUGUAUUCUAAUUCGAUGAAGAGGACGCAGAACAGUUUUGCGGGAAAGUUGAGCAUCGAACUUAUCAAACAAUCAUCCGCAUUGGAUCGACUGUACAAACAAGGCUUCAGGCCUAGGGUUACAGGCACCCUUACCUACAGCGACAACAGCUUCACGUGUGCUACAAAGCUCGACCAGCUCCACUAUUGGUUCGUCAACGCUGUGGGUUCGUGGGGCGAUGCCGAAGUCAUUCGGUUACUGGCCUAUUGCUACGAUCUGGUCAUGGUGUUGACCAAUGAUCUUCCUCUCAAGCCGAGCGCUUCAGAUGACGGCAUUUUUCAGGACAUGGUCGCCAUAUACGAUGAAGAACGGACAUGGCUUUGGAAUGCGAUUCCGAGGGAGCCGACUGCGUUGGCUCCUAGUCCUUCCGUGCCGGAGCCGUUCAACACGCGUCCGUCAUCUGUCAAUGCAGGUGCAUCUCCCAUUUCUAUCCCGCCGCUUGAGAAAACACGUCGGGCAAGCACUGCUGUCGUAAAUAGGACGCCACCAGUUCUGCUUGAUGAAGGGACGGGACCGCCAACAGUUGACAAAGGUCUCGUGCCGGAUUCAGUUGACCGAGGUUUCAAACAACCUCCAUCUCUCAGUCAGCGGUUGGAGUCCGGCAUUCUGUCUUUUCUCCGUGGAUCAAAAGAAAACCGCGCCGGGCAAUAAGAGCAACACCAGCCAGGCACGAGCGCUUGAACCGAGAUCCGAUGAUGGGUGACUUUGUUCGGCAAGUACAGUGCAAGUCGCCUGAAGGGAGUGGUCGCCUCUACGCCGCCACAAUCCCUACACACACGUCUCAUCAUCACUUUCCCAUCACAG